AUGUUCGCCGGGUCUAUCUUUGGCAUCACGUGGUUCUCCAUCAAGCUGUACAAAUCCGCCCAAAAGCAGCAAGAAAAGUCCGAGUUCAUCCUGAACCGCACGCCGCCCCCCAUCACUCCCCCCAAGAUCUGUGAACAGCCCGACUUUGUGAACGAGAAAGGCGUGAUUUACGCCAAGUACAAGAGCGCGCCGUCCCAGAAGAUUAUCAUCACGGGCAUCAACUGGAGCGGCAUGGAGAACCCGGAAGGCGUGCCGCAUGGCCUUGCCUUUGGUCAAGCCUCCUUGAACGAUAUCGUGGACCGCAUGGCCAAGCAAGGCAUGACGGCCGUCCGUUUGCCGCUGAACGUGCUCAUGAUCAACUCGAACGCAGCGCCAAACAUCAAGGAUUUUGUGGACCCGAUCUUGAACCAGGAGCUCGUCGUGUCAGACUAUAUGUCCAUGAUCAAGAAGAUCGUGCAGGGCCUGGCGAAGAAGGGGGUGUCCGUGCUGCUCGACAUCCACAAGCUGGACCCGGCCGUGGAGGGCAAGAAGGAAGGUUUGUGGUACAGCGCAGCGAUUCCAGUCACUGCGAUCGAGAAAGCGAUCAAGACGCUCGCGACUGAGCUGUGCAACUCCAACUAUUACAACAUCCUGGGCGUCGAUCUCAAGAACGAACCGCACGAGGGGUGUUGGCCAGGCGGGGCCGUCGAUGCGAGCUGUCCGGACUCCAGGAACUGGCCGAAAGCCGCCGCGAAACUCGCCGACGCGAUGCUGGCCGUGUGCCCCAAGUGGAUGGCGUUCGUGGAAGGGCUGGCGUCGGGGACGAUGGCCAACACGGGGUUUAUCACCAAGGCGAGCGCCAACACGACGCUGUACUACCAGGAAUGGUGGGGCGCCGCCCUCCAGAACGUGACCAAGUACCCCGUGCCGGUCGCCCCCGCCAACAAGAACAAGCUCGUGUACGUGCCGCACUUUUACUCGCCUAGCGUGUACCCAGCGCCGUACUACUUUGCGUCGUUUGCGAGCGCUGGCGCCGGCGCGACGACAGAGGAAUGGCCCAACACGCCCGAGGGCAAUGCGAACCUCAAGGCGAACGUGUACCGGGCGUUGGAUCUCGCGUUUGGAAACGCCAUGAAGACGGUCGAGUCGCCCGUCAUGUUUGGCGAGUUUGGCGGGAUUUACGGCGCCAAGGACAUGUUCCCUCUCAAGACGUCGUCGCGCGCGAUCGAGCUGUUUGUCCAGUACUCGGCGGACCGCGCCAUGUCUGGCGGGUUUGCGUGGAGCUUGAAUCCGGACAGCGAGUACCAGUUUAAUGGCGACACGACCAAGCCCGGCGUGUUCAACUACGGGCUGUACGAGGCGAGCGAGGUGCAGCCGUGGAAAUCGUACAACCAAGACUACUCGGACGCAUUGCUCAAGUUCAAAGGCACGGGGACCAUUGAAUGUGUCAAGAUCGACGCCCCCGGUUCCGCCAACGACACGGUCGCGACGGCCGAGCCCGUCGUCGUCGCAGCAUCCACCACUGUAGCUCCUCCCACAACGACAACCGCCAAGAAGCCGUGA